AUGGAUAAAGAUUAUUCAAAUCUAGAUGGAAUUGGAAUAAGAUAUUUUCCUUUCCUAAAAGAGAUUACUACUGAUAAUAAUAACAAUAAUAAUAGUAAUGAUGUGACCAUGCAAUUUGAUGAUUUUAUCCACAAAACACCUACAGCAUAUUUAAACUCCAUUUAUUCUCUUAAUCCCGAUAUUCGAACAACUAUCACCGUUGAAAAUAAUCACUCAUACGAAAACCCAACAAAUGUCUCUAUUCAGUCAGUAAUAAAGAAUCAUGAUUUAUUUGAAGGAGACUCAGUGGUUAUACCAGAAUAUUCUACAAGUGUUAGUACUUGCACGACAACGACAACAACUCUGAUUAAUAACAAUAACAGUUUCCAUUAUUAUCAUAGUCGUAAUCAUUUACGUAAAGAGAAUAUCGAUAGGAUUAGAAAGCUGAAACAUUCACGUAUGAACAGAGCUCUGCUGUCAACGAAUUCGCCAGUAACAUCAUCACCAACAAACUGUGGUAAAAUUCACAACCGUGGAACACGACUGCAUUCAGUGAAACCGCCCUAUUCAUACAUAGCUUUAAUCACAAUGGCCAUAUUACACUCACCACAGAAACAUUUAACAUUAGGUGGAAUAUGUGAUUUUAUCAUGUCAAAUUUUCCCUAUUAUCGUGAACGUUUCCCAGCAUGGCAAAAUUCUAUACGGCAUAAUCUAUCAUUGAAUGAUUGUUUUAUGAAGAUACCUCGAGAACCUGGUAAUCCAGGGAAAGGUAAUUAUUGGACAUUGGAUCCGAACUCAAUGGAUAUGUUUGAUAACGGAAGUUUUCUUCGGCGACGGAAACGUUAUAAACGAAUAGGUCUAGAGGGUAAUGUUAAAACAUUCUUCUACAAUUAUUCUGAACAAAUUGGUACUUAUAAUAAUAGCAGAUCAAAUAGUGGUCGUAAUCGUUCAAUAAAACAUUCUACAACUAAUUCCCUUAAUACUACUGUUACUACCCCUACUACCAGUAAUACUAAGACGUUUUUUCCUCAAACUAAUGUUGACGAAAACAGUGAUAAUGUCUACACCACUGCACAUUCUUCUCACGAGUUCAUACACUCGCCUGAUUCAACAGACGCAAACAGCAACAUUAGUGUUGAUGAUAACCAUGACAAUAUUUCACUAUGUAAUGAGAUUAAAUCAAAUAUUUACUCCGUUAAGAAUGAUUUUAAUGGGAAUUAUCUUCCACUGAACCACAUUCAAGAGAAAAAAUAUUUCGCAAAACAUGUUAAUAGCAAUUUACUAGAGCCGACAACGUCUUUAUUCUCACCAUAUUCUUCACUCUACAGCUCCUGUACAUCUUUACCGUCUUCAUCAUGCUUAAUCUCAUCAUCGUCAGGUAUAUCAUUACCACCUUGUACAGAUGAUCCUAAUUUUUCUUUUCUAUUUCAUUCAUUAUUUCGAAAUCACCAAUUGAGUACAAGCAACCAAAAACAUUUUAAGAAACCAAUAUCAUUCAACAUUGAUCACAUUUUAAAUUCGUCUCAAGAAAGCACAGAAGUAAAGAAUACAUAUUUACGAUAUAAUGAAGCAAAUAAUGAAAAGGAAGGUCGAAUCUUGCCACCUUAUGGGGAAAAUGAUCAUUCCAGCGUUUCCGACUCUAAGUCAAGCACUUAUUCAACAAUCUCACCAUCAACAAUAUCUUCUUCACUGCCUUCAUGCUUUCCUACAUUAUCGGCUUCCUUGCCCGCACUGUCUGGAAAGAGAAAUUCCGAAAUAUUUGAUUCACAGUAUUGCUCGCCUUCAGCAUCGCACUUGUGCAAUUCGACCAUUUUACAAAACCUUCCUAGUUACACAACUGUGUUCAACUCACCACUUUGUAGUAAUACUACUGAUGAACGUAGUAAUCUGUCGAACCAUGAAAAAUUACUGUAUAAUGUAUAUUUUAUGCAGUUUUUAUCAGGUCGAAAAUUAAACAUGCUAGAAAAUGUGGCCAAUGAGGAUACAUCAGAAUCAACUCCCUGGCUUCAAUCGAAAGAACAUGUUCAGAUUUUCUCUAAUCUAAUUCAGUCUAUCCUGCAAACGAAUCAAAUAUUCAGUUGA